UUCUCUAGUUGGAAGGGGAUAACAAUAUCGCUGCUACAUUCUACACUGCUCUAACAAUGACCACAAACACAGGUUUUGUAGCUAUCUUUUUCGCUCUCAGUACGAUAAUCAUUAAGGUCUCUUUCUCACUUCGCUGUUAAGCGCGGCUUGCUUCAUUUCUUUUUUCUUUAGUAUGGUAGUAUUCGAGCGGGUGUACACUCGUCGCGCCGCUUCGCGCGUAAAUCGAGUCUUGUUUAUUUUGUGACGGUUUCUUUCGAACUUUUAUGAACUAUGGAAUUAACCUAAUGGAUUAUCUUCAAGUGAUGUGACAAUUGUUAGGUUAAUUUCGAAGAGUGGUUUGAUUUGUCUCCUCAAAAUGGAAUUGAGGUCCGUGUUUUGGACAGUUGUCUUGGGCGUGAUUUUUGGUGCGGAGGCGGGGAUGAUGGGUGAUCAUUGCGACUGGAAUGGCAGUGGGUUGACCAGCAACGCGGAGCGGGGCGUGACACCAGUCUACCUGCGAUGUCGGGAAGGGCUAGUAUCCUGGAUGUAUCCUCGAGGCGCGCUGAGGUUGCUCUUCAAGCCGCCCAUGCCUGCUGACGAGCGGGAGUUCCAUGUUUGUGUGCGAGUUGUACGACGACCAGACCCGCCUGACUUGUUCCACGAUGACCGGCUUAACGAUACAAAAGCCGAACGCUUCCCCGCUCGGUUGUUCGUCGAGGGCGCCCACAAACUGGUGCCCCUAUACGCGCCGGACGAUGGGGACCCGCGCGAGCUCCGCUGCUUCCGUAGCCGCCGAGGCCGGGCCGCGCUCUACGUGGAGGCCGAGCCCGAGGAAGGCACCAAGCGCCGCGAGGCCACCCUGAGAUACGAGGCGAGGCCGCUGAACAGGCGGCACUAUGAUCCUGCCACGGCGGAUUGCAGGCCGUGCACUGAGGAGGAACUGGAACUCGCAUUCUGCACUAGUGAUUUAGUGUCUCGCGGAACAUUCGUGGGCGCCGAGCAGCGCUCGGACCUGGACAGCACGCAGCUCACGCUGCGGCUCAGCAAGCUCAUCCGCGCCACCGGCAGCGCCGGGCCCGAUCCCCGCAUGGACGACGCGGCGGACGAUAAUUACUAUAGGUACGACGUAGACAACGCGCUGGAGCGCACCACCCACCGCAACCACCGGCGGCGGACGCGGAGCCUGCACGCACACAUCCACGUGUCGUCCGUGUGCGGCGCGGAGGCCGGCGCCGGAGAGUUCCUAGUCAUGGCGCGGAGGAGGCUCGGCCGGUACGCGCUGGUGUGCGCGCCGAGGAUAGAGGACUGGGAGGAGCUCGUGGAAAGACGGAGUCGAGAUGGCAAUGCGCAUUGCUCGCUGCAACAUUAGAUAGACGUACCUAUGUGUAGGAAUACACGAAGUGUCAAGUGCGUUCGAUUCAUCUUUAUAACUAUGAAUCUAUACGAUCAGAUACUCUUUUCGAAUGUGAACUCUGUUCAGUUCAUCGAACAAAUGAAAAAAUCCUACCGUAAAAUGGAAAUAAUGGCUAUUAGAUUCAGGCCUCUUCCAAAGACCGCCUCAAUACAACUUCAUGUUUGCAAUAUUUGCAUUCAGCGAUCUCUCUCCAUCUUUAAUAUAUGGUAAAAAUUCCUCAAAAAAUCAUUAUUAUAGAGAAAUCACACACAUUAGAACGCCAACGGAAUACGCCAAGUACAUACUUCAUACUUGGAAUACACUGGAGAAUACAUUAUAAAGGUAGUAUGAACUCGGUUUACUAAAGUAAAGCCGGUGUACCUUUGACAUACAUGUGUAUUUCUCACUAAGUUUCAAGAGACAGAUAAUAAAUAUAGACGCAAUAAGUGCCGCAGUAAAAACGCCAAGUCAAGUGUAUAUUUUCACAACAUACCAACGAAAAUGUCAAAAGGACCGAUAGGGACCAACGAUUAUCAAUGGUUUGUGAGAUUUAGAUUUCACAGCCGUUUAUAAAAUAAAUAUCUAGUUACUAACUGGACACAUGGAAACGUAGUGCCUAUAAAAUGUAAACGUAAUAUAUUAAUUUAUAGGUACAUCCAACAGCAAAACUGCAUGGCUACUUGAAUGUGUCCAUGCAAUUUUGCAUCAUUGUAAAUAUUUUUAAUUAAAAGCACCAUAAAAUUGCUUGCCAUAGAAAAUUGCUAAUUGAUGCAAUAUUGUAAAGUACAUAUAUCUAAAAGAAAAGUAAUAUCAUAUUAUUUUCUUUCUGUACAUAUAAUUCUAUUUUUAAAUAAUGUGCCGCUAUAUCUGAAACAGCAAUAUGCAAUUUUUUACGCACCAAUAAGAUGUACAAUUGCAAGUGAUACAAUUAUGUACAAGUCGACGUAUAUAUGUUUACAUUUUUCGCCUUAUUACAAAGGCGUAAGGUCCAAAAGUGUAAACAUGUCUUUGACGUCGACUGUACACCAAAAGUCAAAACACUAUUGCUGUUUUAGAUGUCGCGUUAAAUAGGUUUAACAUUCAAAAUGUGGUCAAGGGUGCCAAAUCUGUAAGAUCUUCAGAAUAGAUGUAAGGUUGAUCUCAACUUGUAUAUAUUGUCAAUAUUAUCAUAGAAAGGGGCAUGUUUAGACGAAGAAAUGGGAGUUGUGCUAUAGUUCGUUUUUUUACCAUCAGAAAAAGGCUACGCGAUCUUGACGUGUCUUUUAAUUGAAGAACGCUUUUUGUGAACUUAUGAAAACAAAAGAAUGUAAAUAAUCGUAUAUGAUUCAUAAUUAAAUAAAAAAAAAUUAUGGGACGGUAUGGGGCAUCUUACACAAAUCAACCUAGCCCCAAACUAAGCAAACUAUAUAAGCUUGUAGGUACUAAGGGUACUAGGCGACGGUAUACAUACUUAUAUAGAUAAAUACAUAUAUACAUAGAAAACACCCAUGACAUAUGAAUAGUUACAUUUUUGCCGUGACUUAUUUUUCAAAAGUGUUUGCCAAUAAAAAGACACGUCAAGAUUGUUUACCUUUUUUCUAACGCUAAAAAACGCACUAUAACUAAUGUUUGACUCGAGGCAGUCGAGGCAAACAAGUAUAAUUCAGUCAGCUGCAAAUAAAUUUAUAUGCAGGGAGGGUGAGUUAUCUCUGCAGCUGACUGUACCUACGCAAGUAAGAAUUAAGAAAAAAAAAUGGGAGAAGUAGUAUGAGAAAGCCGUUGCAAAAUAACAAUCGAUAGUUUCGAGAUUCUGAACAAACUGAGCAUGGGUUUUAUUGAUACGAAAUAAUAAAAAAAACCAUCAGUAGUAGCUAAAUAAUAAAAAGUAUAAAAACUAAACAUAAAAACCCUUGCACAAUUUAUUUAGAGCAAAAAAAUCUUUCUACAUUGCAUCUCCCUUACGUAAUGUAUGUUUGGUUGGAAUGUCAACAUUAUUGCUUUGUAGCCUCACCUCGCUUCAGUGCUUCCAGCAAAAAAAAACUAUUUUUUAUUCCAGAUGUUAUAGUUUUUGCUAAUAUAUAUCUAUGAUAGUAUAGUAUGUACAAUAAAUAGAAUAAGAAAUGUGAAUACCUAUUAAUUUUAAAUUUGUACAAUUCGUAAGUAUAGUUUUGAUUUGUGAUAUAGUUUACAACGAAUGUACUGAGAAGUGCCUAUUGUACAUAGAAAUUAUAAAGAGUUUGAUAUUAUGUUUAUGAACUAUAUGUUAUAAAGUAAGGGAAAAACUGUUGAAUAUAAGAUUUUAAAGA